AUGCAGUCACCUCGGACGAUCAAGGACCUGCAGCGCCUUAACGGAAGGCUCGCCGCUAUGUCCCGUUUUCUUGCUCGAUCGGGUGAUCGCUGCCUCCCCUUCUUCAAGGCACUGAAGAACCCAAAGAAUUUUCAAUGGACGGCAGAAUGCGAGAAAGCCUUCAAACAGCUACCGGUCUACUAUGUCAGCCACGUCCUGAACGGGCCCGAGGAACGAUACCCACCAAUUGAAAAGCUGGCAUUGGCGCUUGUGCUAUCAGCCCGGAAGCUGCGCCCCUACUUCCAGGCUCACCCAGUGGAGGUCAUCACCGACCAACCGCUUCGGCAGAUCUUGUCUAAAUUUGAUGUUGUAGGACAUCUUCUCAAAUGGGUGGUGGAGCUCGACGAGCAUGACGUACGAUACAUACCCAGAACCGCUAUCAAAGCCCAGUCCGUGGCCGACUUCAUCGCGGAAUUAACUCAGAUCGAGGACGUGGAUCUCGAGCAACCUUCUGAAGCAUGGGUCCUCCACGUGGACGGAUCGGCCAACUCAAAGGGCGCUGGUGCGAGGCUGGUGCUACUAGCUCCCGACGGGCGUUCGUUCGAGUGUUCCCUCCGCUUCGGGUUCCAAGCCACUAACAACGAGGCGGAAUACGAGGUGCUCCUAGCAGGACUCAGGUUGGCUCUCGAAAUGCAAGUGGUUGCCAUACACGUCCUCACCGACUCGCAGCUAGUAGCCGAGCAACUCAACGACGAGUACGAGGCUCGGGACCCGAUCAUGGUGAAGUACCUGGCACAGGUAAAGAACCUGAUCACCAAGUUCCCUCAUUUUACAUUAUCUAAUGUCCCGAGGGGAGAGAACGAGCAAGCCGACGCGCUAGCUAAGCUGGCAUUGAAGUUAGCCCCCGAAGCCCGGCCCGAGGUCGAGGAGCUCCCUGCCUAUGCCAUCGAAAUCGCAGCUGUGGCCUCGGGUGGCGUGCCGAUCACGUGGGUACAAGAGUUGCUACGCUUCAAGCGAGAUGGGACCCUUCCCCCUGACGAGGCUACGGCUCGGCGCCUGCGCUGUAUGCAUGCGUGGUACUCCGAGGUGGGCGGACGGCUCUAUAAGUGGUCCUUCACAUACCCCCUCCUAUGGUGCUUGGAGCCCGACGAAGCUCGGACGGUUCUGGCCGAGGUCCACGAAGGAGUCUGCGGGGAACACAUUGGCGGGUGA